AUGUUUUCUUUCAAGUGUGUCCUUUUUGUGGUGCUCCAGGCAGUGUCCUGCUGGGGGGAGUUCUUCAGCUCCACCUCGGGUCUGGAGAAGCUGUUUCAAACGGAGGUUGUACUCCUGGAAGAGCUGCAGAGUUAUGUGAAUGGAAUUUAUCAGCAUGCAGAGGCCUUGCAGGGCGAGAUCGAUGCGAUACGUGUGGAGCAUCAGAGUGCCGCCGAUGGAAUCGAUGACUACCUCAACAAUCCGGUGAACGCGUUCCGCUUGAUUAAGCGCCUCCACAGCGACUGGGAGACCUUCGAGGGCAGCGUUGCCUCGGAUACGAGCAGAGCAGACUAUCUGGAAGCCAUGGCUGGCCACAGGGCAAACCUGAGCUUCCCCUCAGGCGAUGACUUUGUGGGUUCCGCCAUCGCCUUGACCCGACUCCAGCAAACCUACCAGCUGGAUGUGGCGGAGCUGGCCAGUGGCAUUCUAAAUGGCGUUAAAUACGGCACCGCCAUGUCCUGGCAGGAUUGCUUUGUCCUGGGCCAGCACCUGUAUGCCCUGAGGGACUACAACCACACAGUGCCCUGGCUGCAGCAGUCGAUGCAGUUGCUCGGGGAACAGACCUAUGGCCAGGAGUCCGCCUCGCUGGACUUUAUGGAGGCAGUGGUGGACUACCACCGGGAGAUGGGUGCCCAUGAAAGUGCUCUCGGCUUGGUGAACCACGUGCUCUCCGUGGAGCCCGACCAGAGGAGUCAUCUGUUAGAGACGCGUCAGCAACUGGAGCAGCUUAUCACUGAUGGAGACAAGAAUGGGCUCUUGCACCUGACAGCACGGCGACCCGGGGACUAUCACGCCUCCCGGGAGUUUCGCCUCUACGAGCAGGUGUGUCGCGGCGAACUGAAACCCCAACCAGCUGCCCAGCGUAAUCUCAGGUGUCGCCUGCGGAAAAGUCGCUCUGGUUACGUGCCCUUUAAGCUGGAGGAGCUGCACCUAGAUCCACUGGUAGUGCAGCUACAUCAGGUGGUGAGUGCCGAGGAAGCGGACUUUAUGCAGCGCACAGCUAGGCCAAGGAUCAAGCGUUCCACAGUGUAUUCCCUCAACACCGGAGAGUCCACUGCCGCCGCCUUUCGCACCAGCCAGGGAGCCUCCUUCAACUAUUCGAAGAACUCGGUCACUAAGCUUCUCCGCCGGCAGGUGGGAGACCUUUCAGGCCUGGACAUGGACUAUGCCGAGGAUCUGCAGGUGGCCAACUAUGGCAUAGGUGGUCACUACGAGCCGCAUUGGGACUGUUUCCCAGAAAAUCACGUAUACGACGAGGGGGACUACAAGGGGAACCGUAUAGCAACGGCCAUUUACUAUCUCUCCGAUGUAGAGGCCGGUGGCGGCACUGCCUUUCCCUUUCUGCCCCUGCUGGUGACCCCGGAAAGAGGCAGCCUGCUCUUCUGGUACAACCUCCAUCCCUCUGGAGAUCAUGACUACCGCACCAAGCAUGCGGCCUGUCCGGUUCUGCAGGGCAGUAAGUGGAUUGCCAACGUUUGGAUACGAGAACGUCAUCAGGACAGAGUCAGGCCCUGCGAUCUCCAGCGUAACCAUGAAAUCUCAUUGCAUUACAGGGACUUUGACUGA